CACAAUAUUUAUAUUUUUUAAUAAUAAACGUAUGCUUUUUCAGAGUUAGUUUAGAUCCAACGGUGCGAAUGAGCAUAUUCUCUGUGUUUGUGGGCGGCAUCUUCUUUAAGCUGCAAAGCACGUCCAUUAACCAAACCACUAUACAGCGUUUCAUGUCACUGCCGUCUCUUGCGGACAUAAAAAAAACACUUAUAACAUUUUCUAUGGGUCUAGUGCUGCUAUUCUUGGGGUGCGCCUAUGUAGGACUUGUGUGCUAUGCGACCUUUCACGACUGCGAUCCAAUGUCCACGGGUUUGGCUAAGCAACGGGAUCAGCUGGUUCCACUUCUGGUGAUGCAAGUGCUGGGAUUCAUUCCAGGCUUACCAGGUCUCUUUGUUUCGGCGGUUUUCAGUGCUGCCUUGAGCUCUCUAUCGACACUGCUGAACUCUCUGGCCGCAGUUAUCCUGGAGGACUUUGUAAAGCCGCGCAUGGUCAAGCCAAUGACGGAGCGAACUGUUGCCUUCACUAUGCGGGCAGUGGUGGUGGUCUUCGGCCUCAGUUCCAUUGGCCUCGUUUAUGUGGUGGAGAAGCUUGGCAUGGUCCUACAGCUCUCAGCUACACUUCAGUCGAGCUUGUAUGGUCCGAUGCUGGGAAUAUUUACAGUUGGAAUGCUGAUGCCUUGGGUGGGCGAGAAGAGCGUCUUUGUGGGCAGCAUUGCCUCAUUCUUAACGAUGGCUUGGAUUUGUGUUAAUGCCCAAAUUGCCAAUGUAACUGGAAGUUUUCGACACACCAAGCUACCGGUUUCGGUGGAGAACUGCAGUUAUGAGUUCGAUAUGGGGCGCUAUCUGAAUUCGUCCAUUGAAUAUGAACCAACGAGUGGAUCUUCCAUUUAUCAUAUCUCUUUUCUGUGGUACACUACAUUGGGCGCCUCACUUGCUAUUAUUUUAUCCAAUAUGGCCACAUUGGUAUUUGGACGACAGAAUGUGGCAGAAGUUGAUGAGAAUCUGCUGGCGCCCUUUGUGCAGAGAUAUAUCAAACGGCAUAGGCUCCAAGAAUAUGAGAUAGUAGGGCUGAAGAAGCAGGAGAAAUCGAAGAGUAACAAACAAAACUCUGACUAAGGAGGCUUCCCAAUGGUGACAUACUUACUAUGUGCUUACAUGGGUACCGCUAUAGAGGUGUAAUUAUUAUCAAAUAAAUAAAUAAUAAAUAAACGUCGUCAUCAAACAAA